AUGGAUGCUACUAAGGAGGUGCCCAUUGUUGGCACUGAAGGAGAUAAUGCUGCUGCUGCUGCUGACAUUGAUCUCAACCUUGAGGAUUUUGUGGAUAUGGAGAUCAAUGGAAGUGAAGCUGACCUUGAUGCUGAUGCUGAAAAUGAGGAUGGAGCUGGCUCUGACGAGGGUGUUUCCAAUGAGACUGAGGACAUCGCUGUUAAGCUCCAGACUCAAAUCACGGAGCAGAACAUCCUCAUUGGAGAGCAGCAGUGCCGCAUCCAGAACUUGGAGGCUGAUUCUGUUAAGCUUCAGGCCUUGAUUGAGCAGCUGACCAGGGAGGUGCAGUCAAUUUCUAAGGAAAAUGACACCUCCAGCUUCAUUCAGGACCUGCAGAACAUUCUCCAGUUCGUGCAGGAUCAGCACAAGAAGCAGGAGAAAAGCAUCUCUGUGCUUCAGACUCAGUACAGGGAGAUCCGGCGUGGCAACCUCUAUCAGCCUGCUCCUGCAGCAGAGCGAGUCGCCAAUGCCGCUAACAGCCAGUCUGCACCUGCUGCUGCAUCUCCUGCUGUUCCUCCUCCUUCUGGAGCACGUGCUAAGCCUCCUACUGCAACAGCAACUGCCUUUGGCUCCUGCCCUUCGGCCCUGCCUCGUUUUGUCCACGGCAAGACCGACGUCGAGACUUGGCUCUCCAUUGCGGAGGACUUUAUGUCCAUCCACAAUGUGCGUAGCGAGGCUCGCGUGGUCGCUGCAACCCUUGCCCUGGACGACACUGCGAGCAAGUUGGUGCAUGCCAACAAGCGCCACACAGAGGCUAAUGGCCAUCCUUUUGGCUGGGAGGAGUUCAAGGCUGCCAUGCUGGCGGCAUUCCUGAGUCAGCCCCCGGCGCUCGAGGAGAACCAACCGAUCUCGCUUAUCUGCAACCAUCACUACCCGCACUGGAUGGACAACAUCCGUUUCUUUCUCCAUCACAACAGGCUUCACUCCCUUGACCUGCGCUUCACCAAGCCAGAGCACCUGCGCACCCUGGGACCCCUCAUUGCAUGCUCCAGCGCCUCCCUCACAUCCCUGGAUCUGCAGCUGCAUGCCCCGAUCUGGCGGAAGGAUAGCGAGAGCUUCACACUGGGCUUCUUGAAAGCUUGCUCGCAGCUGCAGCAGCUGAAGCUGGGUCGGGGCGAGUGGAAACUGAACGAGAGUUGUGCGCGUGCUGCUUGGACGCAGUCGCUGCGCAGUCUGACCCUCGCGUUCGUGGAUCGCAUAAACUUGGAGUACGAGUUUCUGGACGCCAUCACACCGCAGCUUACCGAGUUUACUCUGUACGAGGUUUCCCCCAGCAAAUGCCUGAAGAUUUUCAGCCACAGUUUCAGUUUCUCCAACGCGCGCAUAGUCCGCUUCCUUUUUCGAGAAGUCAACCUCAAACUGACUCUCAACCUCCCGCCCUCCCUUGAGACCCUCUCUGUCAUGGCUAUCAGGGUCGAGCUCACCUGUCAGUCAGACAGCCCACUCGCUCUCCACCAGCUCAUUCUUUACGUCCAUGAUGAACUCCGUGCAUCUCUCCUCUGCGUCGCAUCUGCCAGAGUUGUCUACUUGAAUGCUCCUGCGACAUACACUGAGUACCAUUCCUUGGGGGAAUUCUCCACCGAACCUUCACGCUGGCAGGACGCUCCUAGUGCCAGCUCAAACUUUUCCUGGAUGAGCUGGCUUCGCACAGUUGCGCCUACAGUGGAGGUGCUUAUCAUAGAGCAUGAGAUCCCUAUCGCUGAAAUGAAUGUGGAGUGGCGUAGCCUGCGCAGCCUUGGGAUUGUCGUGCAGGACAUGGUAGUGGUUGGGGAUUGUUGGGAGAUUGAAAAGGAUCGGGAGACUACUGUGGAGGACAUUUAUCGAAUGAACGUGCGGGCUGAACAGGGAUUUCCCGAUGGGACUCGAUAUGCCGACGAUCCUGAUCCAGACGAGCUGAUGGGCCCUCCUUCCAUCAACGCCCCAAACCUGCAAGCCCUCUUCUUUCCAAGUGAAGGGUGUGAUGGAGAGGCCCUGGCAACCCUGAAACGCAACUACCCAUCAUUGGGAUUAUAUUGCAUUGUAGAUAACACGUUUUACUGGGAGAGGAAACGGGCGAGGCUGAUAGAUGCUCCGUUGGUGCAUGUGAGGGGCAAGAAAGGCGGGAGUCGGGGGGACACGAGGAAACCACCCAAGACGGUGAAGGAGAAGAUGCAUAGCGUGAAUAAGCAGCUGAUAGAGGGGUACAGUGUGCAUGAUGAAGAGGCAUACAUGCUGAAAGUGGAAAAGGGAUUUGGUGCACAAGUGCACAGCCGCAAUCACAUUGCAUACAAUCAUACCCAUUAUCCCCCACAGGUGCACAGCCGCAACAAGGUGUUGGAUGAUGACGUGGACUUUGAGGCGGUGGCGCAGGUGACAGAUGGCAUGUCGGGUGCUGAGCUGGCGAACGUGGUUGACGUGGCGGCGCUCAGAGUGCUGCGGGAAAACCGAUCCGAGGUGGGUGGUGAUGGGUGA